UCUUGUCUUGAUGCUCGCAUCUAUGUCACUGCGUCUCAUGCUUGGCUUCAAUGCGCGGUGGAUAAGAGACCACACACCAUGUAAGACUGGUGUGGAAGAAAGCGACUAAGAGUAGUGUCUAGUAGGAACCCUCGCAACUCGAGCUGUCUUUCGUCCGGGUCCCCAAUGCAAGAUCGCCAGCAACUCAAUCCGGCCGCGAUGGUGGGCCUUGCCCAAGCGUCUACGAGUGACGAAUUUGACAUCUUUGAAUGGCACCCACGAUACCAGAACUGUCAGCGAUACUUUCUAGACCAUGCACAACAUAGCGUUCCUGUCCAAGCGCUUUCCGCAUAUCUGAACAUCCGUCUCCCCUUCCAAUGGCAGUCGAAUCCGGUUCUGAACUCUCAUGUCGAUUCACCCUCCGCCGCUAAUCAGCCAUCGGCUGCAUCCUCUCCCGCCUCGACGCUGCCCCCCUCCGUCUCACUGAUCCCAUACAUACGCCGUCUCGUGGCCACCGGGAUGGAUUUCCCGGGGGUGCUGCAUGGAUUCUUCGGGGACGACUGGGGCACAGGCAUUGGGCCCCUUCACGAGCAGGAACGGCGCAAUUACCUCUUUGCGGCCAAGAGUGGUGGGUGGGCCGCGGUGAAAAAGGACUACGACAUGCUUCCGCUCGAGACGAUUCCAUUUCUACGCCCAUUACAGGGGCCAUUAGAUUCGGAGAUUGAGGCGGCGGAGCGGAGUUGGAGCGAGUGGCUUGCGAUGGAAGACUGGAUGGUUGGGCCGCGAGCGCCUGAUGUGCUUCUCGAUUCAUCAUCACAAUUGUCACAACACCGGAGUUCACGGGGAUGACAAUCAACGACUGCUUGCACAUUUAUUUCAUUUUACUGAUAUUUUUGGCCAUCUUUCUACACCAACCUGGCGGGAGCACGGAGUUGGUGAGACUCAGCAUGAGACGACGAUCAUACGAAUUCUAGAUAUUGCGCGAUAGAUCUCGCGGAUUCAUAAUGUUUGGCUUCACAUUAACUGAGUGUUGCACCUCUGGCAGGGUCGUGUUAUACGACAAGAACACGAGAUAUUUACCCCUUUUCAUGAAGUAGUGACCUGCUUCAGAUAAAUCCUCA